UCUAAUUGCGAACGAAAAACUCAAAGGACAAUGCAAGCUGCCCUACUAAUUCGCCGAAGCUGAUAAGAUUACAACAGUACCGCUGAUAACAGCAAGUGAUAAAGCAAACGAACCAGUGACGACCCACCUGUUAACAAAAACGGACAAAAACAUUGUCAGUGAAACCGAAAUAGAUAAGUAAAGUGUUUUUAAGGAAUAAAGUGAUUCAGUGACAAUGGUCUCCGUUCAGACGAUCGCCACUAUCGUGGUGAAAGUAUUUAAAAUUGUUUUAAAUAUAGUCAUUUUAGUGUUAUACCGUACGGGGUACAAUGGCGAGUUCCUGGGAGUGGGGGGGACGUGGAACCUCAACGAGGAGAAGAACCCGGAUGCUGAGAUCGUGGCUUCGGGUGUGAUUGUGGGGUACCUCAUAUAUACCCUGGUGCAGGUCGUCACGUAUCUGUUUGGUACUACUGAGCAUAAGAGGGCCCUCUCUGAGAUAGUGAUGAACUUCGUGGGCGUGUUCCUGUGGCUGGCCGUGGGCGCCGUGGCGCUGCACUACUGGGGUGGCUACCAGGGGGAGCACCAGUUCCAAUUCGUCUUCGUAGAGAAACAAGUCGGUUUAGCGGUUGGAGCUCUAUGUGUGAUCCAGGGAGCAGUCUACCUCCUGGACACGGCGCUAUCCGUCAUACACUUCUCCAAAGAAAUGUAACUUAAGCCUUAGUUAUGAAUUGUGUAAAAACUGGAGUUCAUAUACUCCGGCAGCUUGGUCACCAUCUCGCCCGGCUCCAAGGAGUUCCUUUGCGUCGAUCUGUACGCCGUCAAAAUUGCGCCUCUCACGGAAAACGUAUCGGAGUACGGGGGCGGAGCGCGCGUAGUGUGGGCCAUGUCGGGCGACCGGGAGGCGGAGGCGCAGGCCAAGAAGGACGAGGGCUCCGGCAGCGAGCGGGACACGCGCGCCGCAGCCGCGCUCAAGCGCAACUGGUGCGUGGGCCUGCGGGCUGUCGAGCUGGUAUUAGCAGUGAUCGCGAUCGGGCUAAUCAUCAGCGCGCUGUACUGGCCUCAGGUGGUCAGCAGCGACCACCGACACAUCGCACUCAUCUACUCCACAUAUUCCAGUUUCAUAAUAAUAACAGGGGUGUUGAUAAUCGCGCGCCUGUUCGGCGAGUCGGCUGGCUGGCGGACCUCGCUGGCCUUCUCCAUCAUCGGAGUCAUCAUGUUCACCGCCGCCGCGGCUGUCAUUUUCUAUGAUUGGCACAGGUCAUACUACGCCAAUGUCCGACCAAACAAGGCUUCAUACGACCUGCUCAUAUCGUCAGGCGUGUUUGCCAUCAUCGACGCAGCGGUAUUCCUCGUACACGCUUUUCUCACCUUUAGGAAGGAAGCAGAUUAUUAAACCCACGUCAAUGUCACAGAUAAUACAAUAUUUAUCGUCACGUCAUAAAAUUUGCACAGAUUAUACAUAGGCAUUAUUUACAUUAAGAUUUAUUAAGUUAGAACAUUUAUCACUUUUUGUUUACUCCAAAGUAUGAAUUGUAAACGUUAUAUUUGUAUUAUGAAUAAGAUAGCUAUAAUGUAUGUAAAUAAGUUAUAAUGUUGUCCUGGAGAGUAGCUUUGUAUAGAACAUAGUAAGUAUUAUACAUAAAUAUUGUCCCAAGAGCAGCUACAUUUUACGGCCGAAGUGCAAGAAUCUUAGAUAUUAAUGCACUCAUUAUUUUAGGUUUAAUUUUCAAUUACUGGAACAUUCCCGUGUACUAUACUCUAGUGUUAGUCUUUAUUUUUAGCCCUUACGAAUAAAACCACCGCCAAUUCUUUUUACUUUUAAUAUAGUAAAUGCACGAUAAGAUUAGUUUUAAGAUAUCGUAAAACAUGUUUAUAUUUUAAUUAGUUAAAGCUUUAUUUAAGUUUAUAAAUGAAAAUAGGGAAACCAAAGCAGUAAUCAGUAUCCGUCCAGUGGUAGAUAAGUUUCAUUUAUAUGCCUAUCAUCUAUCCUCCUAAAACAUUUAACGAAGGAAAAAAAGAAAUUAAGAACCUUCUAAGUUUAUGCGAAUUUUGGUGAUAAAAUUAUUAGAAACAAAUAAAACAUAUUAUUUAAAAUAUAAAAAAUUGAAUUUAAUAAAGAAGUACCUAAUUAAAUGUUUUGGUUCCUUAUCUAUUGCCCUUCUGUUCUCUAUGAAAGAUCUUAUAGAUUUAAUUGUUGCAAAUUCCCGCGCUUUUUAUUAACAUUUAUUUUUUCGACUAACAUUUUAUUAAUAUAACGAGAUUUUAUUUUAAUUAUAGAGUAAGUUUAUUAUAGCAAUGAUAAGUUAUGCUUUUGCGAUUGAUGUAACAUAUUUUAAUAUAUUCGGCGCUAAUGUUACCUUAUCUGCAGUAAUAUACGGAAGGUACUCGCGUAACAUAGACAUAAUUAUUUAUUAAUUACUUAUUAUACACAGAACUUCGGUUCUAUAAUGUAUUAUGUAAAGAUACUGUUAUAUAUUGUAUUGAUAUGAUUUAAGACAUGUAUUCGUUGAAUUUUUAUUAAUAAAUACUACCUACAUCGCAAUU